AAAAUGUGCUGCGUUGACAGAUGGGAGACAGAAACUCCGUUUUAAAGCGCUUACAGCAACACAUGUCUUCAAACAGGGAUCACUCCAUUACACUCAUAUCUACUCAAAUUAAUAGGCAUAAAAAAAAGCUCAUUCAUGUUGAUGGAUGAUUGCAAUUCAGAUGGCGUGUUGACGCUUACCAGUGCGAGGAAGAGGAUAUCGCGAGAAAACCCAUAUGUGUGGCAUACUCUAGUCUUUUGUAACGGCGUGGUCCAUAGGAAGUAUCGUGAGACAUCCUGCCUGUCGGCGUCCGAAUCCGGCUGCUGUUAGCGUUGGAGGUGAGUAGGGAUGCAGACGUGAGCAAAUGACUAUUGUGUGGAGACGUCACAUCCAUCGGUUGAAGGAUGGGGAAUAUCUUCGGAAACCUGCUCAAGAGUCUAAUCGGCAAGAAGGAGAUGAGGAUUCUGAUGGUGGGACUGGAUGCAGCCGGAAAAACCACCAUUCUGUACAAGCUCAAACUAGGAGAGAUAGUCACCACCAUUCCCACCAUCGGGUUUAAUGUGGAGACUGUGGAGUACAAAAACAUCAGCUUUACUGUGUGGGAUGUGGGUGGCCAAGACAAGAUCAGACCUUUAUGGAGGCACUACUUCCAGAAUACUCAAGGUCUGAUCUUUGUCGUAGACAGCAAUGAUCGGGAGCGUGUGAACGAGGCCAGAGAAGAGUUAAUGAGAAUGUUAGCUGAGGAUGAGCUCCGUGAUGCCGUGCUGCUUGUCUUUGCCAACAAACAGGAUCUGCCCAAUGCCAUGAAUGCAGCCGAGAUCACAGACAAACUGGGCCUGCACUCCCUGCGUCACCGCAACUGGUACAUCCAGGCCACCUGUGCCACCAGCGGCGACGGUCUGUACGAGGGGCUCGACUGGCUGGCCAACCAGCUAAAAAACAAGAAGUGAGAUGUGGGUGGGCUUUUAGAUGGGGUGGGGUGGGGUGGGGUGGGGUGGGAUGGGAUCAAGGGUGCCGGGGAGGGUUACUUUGGGGUUAGCUUGUUGUGUUUUUUUUUUGUUUAGUUAAGUUUUUAAGAUUAGAUUUCUUCAUUCGUUCGUCAAAGGCAUGGCUAGUGGACUGGUUGGAAUAGGCCUUGGGUGGUCUCUGUGAAUGGACUGUUCUCAUACGCACACAGCAUACUACAUGCUUACACACAGAGAAACAAACAUGUACAUUUAUUUUUUUUAAAUGCACACACCAUAUUUUUUGUGUCUUUGUUCCUCUCUCCACCUCAGUCUGACCUUAGUAACUUGAUGACCAAUAGUAACUUAGUUACAGUCAGUGCAGUACAGCUAACAACCAAUACAUAGAAAUACACAGUAUACUGUAUGUUCACCAGUGUUUGUCUCCUCACACCGUUAACUGUUGCCUUGAUCCAUUUGGGCAGGACUCACUAUCUCUUCAGUCACUACUCUCAGUGUCUCUGUGUCCGUCCACUUUCCUCUGUCACUCUGUCCUAAUGGUGACACCUUGAUGUAGUGCAGCACGAGAGCAGAUUAGUUUAAAUUAUCAGAUGAAUUGCAAUAUAAUUCUAUGUUGAUUUUUUUUUUUAAAUGUAUAUAUUGAUAUAUAUUUUUCUUUUUCUUAUUUGAUGCAAUGAUGAUGCAGUUUCAUGAGGUUUAGCAGUGGCUCUUACCUUCAAGCACUCGCACACUUACACACACACAUAUAUACACACGCACACUUCCCCAUAAUACACACACACAUGUACUGCACAUACACACAGACACACACACAAUACACAGACACACAUACACACACACACAAACACACACACACAUGUACUACACACCUACACAGCCCUCGCAGUAGAGUUGGUUACCGUUUGCUUGUUAUACUAAGUGAGGGAUAGUUUUAGUCUGUAUUUGUCAGUGACUUACUGAGUAUGUGUCAGUGUUGCCUGCAUGCCAGUCUCCUGUGAUAGCGUAGCUCAGCCGAGGUUAGAGUGCAUGCAAGUGUCGUGCAAUAGUAGGAUAGGCUUGGUCAACGUGGCAUGCUCCCUUGUGGUUGCAUUGUGUGGACAGUUUGCUGAUGUGGUGAGUAGAUGCAGUAGCCUUAUUGCCUGGUUAGAUCUGUUACGGUAGCUUUAGCAGUGUUGUGCCCACUGUUUAGUAAUAGAGCCCACUGUGGGCUAACACCCUUUUUCGCUAACACUGCAUGGCCUGCAUGCUGCUCUGCUACUUUAGGGUAGAUAGAUGUUGUAGAUGGAUAGAGAGCUAGAUAGAUGAGUAUGGAAUGCACUGUGUAGUCCUUUCUGGUAGUUUCUGUGGGUAGGUAGUAGGUAGUUUCUUUAGAUUUGUAGUUUGAUCUUUAAUAAGUAGAUUCUUUGUCGGAUGCUAUGUGUCGUGGUUGCGUUUCUUUCUCUCCGGUUAGAUUCUUUUUUGUCUGGAUAGAUUUAUCUUCAAAUAGAUUCAUGUUGCUUCAUGUGUCUCUCUUUGGUGCUUUGAUUGAGGUGUUCUAUCUGUGCAUUGUCAGAUGUGUUUAAAUAGAUGUCCUUAGCUGCUCACACACACACACACACAUACACACACACACACACACAGACACACACAUGCACACACAUGCACAUACAUACACAUACACAUACACACAUGCACACACAUACACACACUCACUCCCAUGUGUGUCUGGAUGGAACUGCUAAAACACAAACUGCAUCAUAUUGCCUCAUGUUUUCCUUUGGGUUGCAAUUUCAUAGUGCUUUAUUGAACCAGGUGAUGCAGAAAGUCUCCAGAGUAUUCUUUAUUGUAAAUGAAUGUGAACUCUCUUGUAUGAUUUGUUUAUAUCGACUAUUUUUAUUUUUUAUAAUUUGAUUUUUCUUCCAUUUAUUUAUUCAUUUGGAUAUGUAUUCGUGUGCAAUUCUUGUAGAAAUGUCCAGAAAACACAGCACUGCCUCUACGUGUGUUUUGCUCCAAAUCACAAGUGUAUAUGUUAGCCAUUCGGCAUUCCCGCAUUCAGAGUUGUAUAGUGAACAUGGGAGAAUCAGAAAACGGGACCACAUCCUUACCUUACCACUUCCCAUAACCAUUUUAUACCAGGAAACACAAUAGGUGAUGCCAGCAUCAACUCUUGUCUUGUGUGUGUGUGUGUGUGAGUGUGUGUGUGUGUGUGUGUGUGUAAUAAAUAACACAAAACAGUGAAUAUUCAAACUGUACAACAAUAAUCACGUAUUUGGUCCAGUCACAUGCACUAGAGAGCAGUAUCUCUGCUGCAAUCCAUGUGUGCAACUGUUUGAGUUUUGUGGCCUUAUAUGAAGUUUUGUAAGAAACAAAUGGUUUGAUGGACUGGCAUGAAAGGAACCUUUUUUGGUCAUUGAAUUAUUUGUUUCUUUUUGCUUGUUUGUUGUCUGAUUUCAUAACUUGAUUAUUUUAUUUCCUACUUGUCUGGAAGCACUACUAAUUUGCUCUUUAAUCAGAAAAGGCAUUUAUACAAAUGCCCUGAUUUAUUUAUAUGUGUAUGUAUUACAGUUUUGUAUUUAUUUAUUUAUGUAUUUGUUUGUUUGUUUAUUUGUUUGUUUGUUUCAGCCCUCUAUGUUCUGUAUUGGUUGCCGUGUUAAAAGAGUGCCCUUUGGUUCCUUUUUGGUCGUGGACAUUCAUAGUAUUUCGGGUUUAAAAAAAAAGACUUUUUGAUGGCUUAGACAGUGUCUGUGAAUAAUAAAAAAAAAUAAACACAUUAAAACAAGUCUUGGAAAAAUAAAGAGCAAACAACUCACCCCAUAAAUUAUGCUGUAAUCGUAAUGAUAAUGACUUUCGUAACCAAGGUGAUGCUGAUUAUUAUUAUGAUGUGAUGUAGUCGUUGGAGUCGCUGUCUGACCCCUCGACUGUAAACUCACACACAGAUACAAAUAUAAUCCCGCUGUGUUGACAAUAAACCUGUUUUCUGUAUGGCC